AUGCCUUUGCAUAAAUGCACUUUAACCAACCUUCCGAUACCCACCCACCAACCGCCCUCACACAUACACACACUUACAUGUUGUCAGGCCAACGUGGUUGUCCUGAUCGCCAUCAUCUACGCGCUCACGGUGAAGCUGAAGGCGGACCCGAACAGGGUGUUCCGCAGGUCCAUCGGCAACCGGCACUCGGCGGCGCCCGCCAGCCCUCGACGACCCAAACGGACCGGCGUCAACGGGCCGCGUCGGGACGACGUGAACACGACCCUCGACACGGGCCUGGGCAACGGCAACGCGGACAGACCGGACGGUCAGCGGAGCGGGUUGCCGACAAAGAGGCUGUCCUCGGGCCCGGCCGCUUUGGUGGCCAGUUCGGCGUGCCGCGUCUUUCUGGGCCGUCGGCAUUCCGUCGCCAUGUGCUCCGGCCUCUUCCAGCGCCGGCUCCGCCAGCCUCCGUGCCGCGACGGUCCGCCGGUCGGCGGUCCGACGUUGGCCCACUGCCUCGGCCUGCAGCGUCGUCGGUCCGGCGGCCAGCUCGGCCGGUCGCAGCGGACCGGGUCGGUCGGCCGGAUCGGACGGACCGGGCGGCUCGAAUCAGCGCCGGCGCCAGCGCCGGACCGGGUGGGCCGACAGGACUCGGACUCGACGCGGGCCGAUCUGACGCGAGCGCUCUGUUGGGUGUCGGACGACGACGACGACGAGGAGGAGGAGGAGGAGGCGGGCGGGCCGCCGAAGCCGGGCAGGGCCGGAGGACUUCGGGUUCGAGUGCGUCAGAUCGGCCGACCCACGAGGACCAGACGCAUCUCCUCCUUCCACGGCGGCUUGACGCGACGCGAAUUCAUGUGA